GGGGUUCAAGGCUGAGCAUCUGCUUGGUCACGGUCGCUCGGUGGUCCCCCGCGGAUGGUGGUGCAGACCCAAGGCUCGGGGAGCCGUAGGCGGGUGUGGCGGGAUGCCGCGGGCGGAGGCGGAGGCUGUGCAUUAAGGAUAUUUGUUUUGCCUGUUUUGCAGACUUUCAAUGUUCUGACUUGCUCUAAGAUGAAGGUAUGGAAGUUUGCAGCCAUUGCCUCGAUGCUCCUCAGUUCCAUGUUGUCCAUUUUAGUUUGUAGAGACAUGUUCAACGGAAGCCGGAAAUACAGCCCCUCCCCAUCCUCGCCGUCAUCGCCAUCAAGGCCGUCCUCCUCUUCCUCGUUGCCUGCAGGUCACCGGAGAUACCCACGGGCCCUGGAGCAGCAUAACUCACUGAUCUCUCAAUACAGCACCUUGUUCGAAAGCUACACCGAAGGCGAAGUCCGCCAGCUGAUCUCCGCGCUGGUGGAGAAGUACAGCCAGUCGAUGAACUCCGGGGGGCACGAGCUGGCGCUUUUCCCCAAACCGGGGAACCGUAUGAAGCGGGCCCGAGCCCGGCACAAACCCUGCGCCCUCAAGGAGCUGGAGGUCAGCAUCAGCGAGCUGGGCCUGGGCUUCAUGUCCGACGAGAUUGUGCUGUUUCGCUACUGCAGCGGCACGUGCAACGCGCCCGGCCAGAACUACGACAUCUCCCUGCAGAACAUGAGGAGCAAGAAGAAGAUCAAGAAGGAGAAAGUGAGGGCCAGGCCGUGCUGCCGGCCCCUCUCCUACGACGACGAGGUCUCUUUCCUGGACAACAACAACAGGUACCACACCGUCAACAAGCUGUCGGCCAAGGAGUGCGGCUGCGUGUGAAGCAGGGAAAGGGAUCCCGCGAAGUUUGAUGUCCGUAAGGCAGCAUCAGGAGGUCGAGAGCUCAAGGUCCUGGCCAAAGGGCUGUUGCUGCGACCAGCGAGGGGGAAGGGACUGAGAUGGAGCCCGGGCUCCGAGCAGCCAAGAAGGCAACUGGUGACAUGCCUGCCUCGGGUCUGUGGUCAGACUCCAGGGGCAGCCGGGAAACUCUUGAUGCUGGGUUGUGUCCUGCGGCCGACCCCCCUUGACAGGAGAUCAAGGAGCCUUUCACCACAUUUGCAGAUGCCUCCGGAUAGGCUGGUGUCCACGGGCCCGUGCGUUGCGAGAAGGAGGGGGCGAGCAAACGGAGAGGUGCGAGGAAAUGCUUGCCGCUUUCCUCCAGGGGUGCAGGCAUCAAGUCGCACCAACCUGGUGUCCACAUGUGCUUUGAUGCCUUUUCCCUUUCUUUUUUUUGCACAGUGGGUUGAGCAGGAAAGCACAGCUGGCUCAUUAUUUCCGAGUCCAAAAGAAGGCAGUUGUCUUCACCUCCACGUGCCAUUUCUGGCCGGCCCUGAGCUGCAGUCCAGUCCGAAAGAAGGACUUGGGUCAUCGUCCACAUUCCUAACCGUGUGAAAACUGAGGAAUUUCAAAUCACUCUUAGGGCUGAAAGGUACCCCGCCGUGCACACACACGCCAAGACCGAUGGAGAAUCAUGCCCGGGCGUGGGAUUCACAUGGAUGGAACCUUUUUAAUAUAGGGAUAAAUGACUGAACCAUCAGGAAACCUUGUUUUAUAUCUUGAAUUCCUAUCUGAUUGUUAUUUUAUCAUACACAUACAGUAUAUUCAUGAUCUGUACAUGUACAGGAAAUAUAUAUAUAGAUAUAGAUAUAAAUAUUGGUGGAGU